AUGACUUGCGGAAAACUGGUGGCGCCGGGAAAAUCACCGCCAAAUGUCACGCCGGGGCCCGUGUUGGAGACACCGUGGAGGGCCUCCGACCACCACUCGUACCCUUUAAUCCCCAAUCUUUCAAUUGGGACCGCAUUAUUCACGAGGAGUCUGAUUUUCUCUUGGAGACUCAAUCUCCCGAUUAAAUCGCUAACCCGAUCUCUUAUGUGCAACGACACUCGGCAAAACGGAAAGCUACUCGUGUGGCCGUUGGCCGGGUCACAGGCGAACGGCGGCCGGGACUUACAUGUGAAUAGGAGGAGACUGAGGACCAGAGUAUUGGUGGUGGGUGUUUCUCAUGAUUGA